CAGUCCAGCCAGCCAGCCCUAGAAUCCGCCGCCGCCGCCGCCGCCGCCGCCGCUAGACCUGAUGGCGCUGCGCUCCCUCGUCAGGAAGUUGCCGGCCCUCGGUGCCAGGUCGCCGCCGGUGGCCCCCCGUAUGGGGCCGGUCCACGCGCUCUCGCCGGCGGCGGGUUCUCGCCUCAUGUCCCACGGUGGCACGGGGGGUCAAGUGGUUUAUUCUGAUGAUGAUAAAACGCUGGCCAAACAGCGCGAGGAAAUAAAGCACAUGACUGCAGAGUUUGACCAGAGUAUGAAGGAUAUAUCCAAGAAUUUGGAUGAUAUGGAUUUAGUUGAGAGGCGUUGCAAGGAGGACUUGGCAAAUUUCCACAGGAGGCUGCAUAACAUGCAGAAGGUGGUCAAUGUUGCUCUUAUUGUGCUGGUGCCUAUAAGUGUUCUGAAAUUUUUGUCUCUGUAGUAUCAUCUCUCCUGGUUGGUUAAGAAAUCCUAAUUUAUUAGUGGGGUUAGAAAUCCAAUCAUUGUUUGUGCAUGUAUGCUAGGCUUAACCCACUUUCUGAGGUGAAGUAUAUAUGUGUUUGUCUUGUUUGGAAUUAUAUAUUUAUCUUAAUGGACGUAGAAGCACGUGUUUGAGUA